AUGGCACCUUACCCAGCGCAGCCCAUCAAAGGAAGAGAACGGUACCGUGUCAUGAUGGAUAUCCGCAAACUCGAUAAACAAAAUUGGCUCACCCUCGACAAGAACUAUAUGGAUGAGCACCGAGUACGCAACCAGUUGUUGCACGAGAAAAGGUCCGAGGUCUUAAGUUGCCUCCCCGAGUCUGUCGAUGCAUGCCAGGAGGCACUGGAAGAGGUAUCGGACUUCCUCUGUGAAAGAUUCCCCAACAACUUUGAGAUGAACAUCAAAAACAACCAAAAGAUCGUCGACAACCGCAUGACCGGCGACAAAUUCACAGUCAAUGGACGCGACCCCAAGGAGGGCGUAACCGAUGCCCUGGAGGCUGCCGUUCGUCUCACAAUGGAGGAUCUGAGUGUUCUGAUGCUAAACGAGGAGGGUGAAUAUUACCUAGCAGGAAGUGCCAGUCUGUUCCCUACAGGAUGGACGGUGCAACAGAGAAUCGGCUGGACCAUCUCUCAACUGCAUGGCCCAGUCCCGCUAUGGCACCAGCACGUUGCCAACUCUGUCGAUAAAUUCCUCUCCCGUCUAACUCCCAACUCACCAAUGGAACGCUCAAAUUAUUUCAUCGAAGUAAAACGACCCGACGAAAACCUAACAGAGAUUCUCUACCGACCAAAAUCACUUUGUGAAAAGGAGUUGAUCAACCCUCUCCCUUCUGAAAUCCUCAUUCGCCGUGAAAGACAAACGUUCCGUAAGCUGCCACGAACAGGGGCUAUCGUCUUUGGUGUAAAGACAUAUCUCACCCCGUUGGACGAGCUCCCCAAGCAGGAGCUGAACAAUCUUGCCAAAGAAAUGAGGAGUUGGCCUGAUUAUGUUGGGGAGUAUAAGGGAAAGCAUCUGUGGGGUGACAAAGUCUUGAAAUAUUAUCAGAAGCAGGUGGAGGAGGCCAAGACUGAGCCUGAGAAGUAUGAAGAUUGA